AUGAGCUACCAAGUAAUAGCCAAUGGUCAAGAUCACUCGGUUAGCGAACCACUGCCCACAUCCAUAGUGGUGGCGUACACGGAUGUGAAUUUUAGCUUAUGUAAGACUCAUGAAAUGACUCGACCCUCAAAUAUUCCAUACCGCAUCGUCCGUCGCGCGGGUGACCAUUAUAAGUAUUCAAGAGCAUCGAAAAAGAGCAAGCUAUGGAUCCACACGUACCCAAAUGGAAUCAAAGCACAACUCGACUAUAUCCUCAUCAAUAAAAAAUGGAUCAACAGUGCACACAACUGUGAAGCUUAUAGCUCCUUUGAAGGAGUCUCUUCAGACCACCGAAUUGUAUCGUGCAAGAUCCAACUCAGCCUACGUGCCAACAAAAGAAAAACCUCAAAAAUACCUAGGUGUGACUGGACUCAAUUUAUGUGCAAUACUAAUAUUCAAGAUAAAUACACUGUUACAGUCCGAAACCGCUUUCAAAUCCUACAGACUGACAAUAACAACAACGAUCCAAAUGAAACCUAUAUGAACUUUGUCAAAGCGCACAAGCAAGCCGCUCAAGAAUGCAUACCAUUGAAACCAAAGAGACAACAAAAAAUCCCAUGGGAAAAUGAAGAAGUUCAACAUAAACGAAAAACCCUAAAGCAAGCUGCACACACAAAAAGCAACUGCCCCACACAAGGCAACAUCAAAAUAUAUAGAAAUAACAGGAAAGAUCUUGAGGAAACCUACCGCAUUGAACAACAAAAAUACAUUCAAAAUCAAAUUGAUACUAUCACUACAGCUGCUAAAAAUCAACAGUCCUCAUUAGCCUGGCAAACUGUGAACGAAAUCAGUGGUAAUACACCAAAAGUAGAAAACCUAGAAAUCCAAAACAUCAUUGACUACGAACUCCCAAUUAAGAAAGUCUACACUCAGAGCACAAUCAAGAUUUGGACACAAGGAUGCAUCAUCCCCUUUCCUAAGAAAAGCGACCUCUCACUUGCCACCAACUAUAGAGGUAUAACAUUCACCGCCACAGCUGCUAAAAUAUAUAAUGCUAUGUUACGGGAUAGAAUACAGCCCGAAAUUGAGAAAAUCCUACGCCCACACCAAAAUGGAUUCAGACUCAACAGAGCCAUUACUGGAGAAAUUAUAACCAUCAGAAGACUGAUAGAAAUAAAAGCCAAAAACCUGAAUGCAGUCAUACUUUUUGUCGACUUUUCAAAAGCAUUUGACUCUAUAAAUGUCAAAUGGCUGAAAUCAUGA